AUGGCGCAAAAAACCGUGCGCUGUGCCGCAGCCGUCUAUAAACCACCUGCUCAUAAAGACGCGUCCUUCAUUUGCACUGAUAUGCAGGCCAUUACAAACAGAAAACUAUGGCUUGCAAAAAGACUAGAGGAUGCAUUCUUCAGUAACAAUGUUCUCUCGGCCGUUAUGGUUAUUCUUGAGGAGAAAUCUUCCACAUCUCUGGUCGACCGGCUGGACGAAGUUGCAAGCAGGGAACUACAGAAAAAUGAAUUCAAAAAUGUUACACUCAUACUGCGAGCCUUUGAACAAAUCAUCUCCAAAGACAAAGACUGCAUCAACAUACUUGUCCAUCAAGGUGUCGUCAUAAAGAUGCUGAAUUGGUUUGAAAGGGUCUCUGAACAUCUGAAGAUGCAGCAGAAAGCCUCCAAGGGCCCGGUGCAGCUCAUGGAAGUCUUCUAUGAAGUGUCCAUGAGUCUUUGCCAGAGUGAUGUUGAAGACAACGGUAAGAUUCUGGAAGUACUUCUGCUGAGGUUUGGCGCUGUUGUGAUUGACCAAGAAGUGAAAUUUGGUCUGCGGCUGGAGGCGAUUAAGACCAUAAACUCAAUGUUGGACAAUUCUUCCAAAGAGUUUCGGAGAAAGAUCUGUCAGUCUGAUGAUCAUAACUUUCUGCUCGAGGAGUUUGCUAAGGUGAUAGUAGAUGUUGGUGAUUAUGAAAUGCAGGUGGCCGUAUCUGAGGCACUCUGUCGAAUGACUCCAAAGAAACUGAGGGAAGAAUUGGUUGGCAAGUGGUUUAACUAUAGAAGCUUUGCAUCCACUUUCACAGCAAUAAGGGUCAAAGAGUUUGAAACGGACUGUAGGAUAUUUCUAAAUGAACUCAACAGCUAUUUUGGAGACUCGAGAAGAGUUUUUUCAUUUCCGUGCACUAGGGCAUUUCUGGACUUUACUGAGUUGUUUAAACCUGAGGAUGAGCUUCUGAAGGAGUUCUGGGUGGACUUCAAUGUUGGGACAUCCUGCAUCAGCUUCUUUGUGCACGACCCAGAGGGAACUCUGUGGGAACUUAUUCAUCUUCCUAAAGAAGCUCUCUGCACAUACAGCCUUCGAGAAUGUGAUGAUCGGAAGCUUUUGAGUGUUCAUAUGAAUGUUGAUGUCUCUCAUGGCAACACAGUCGGCAAAAUGGUCCAGAUUGCCUUUGACUCGAAGUAUGACAUCCAGACUGCAGUGGAGAAAGUCUUUGGUAGAGGAGAGGAUUCGCAAUUACCAGAAGACCCAAAGCAUGUCGCAUCAGUUUGGGAAGACUCAGGAAUCCCGGUUACUCUGACUGAUAGUGCACCAAAACUUUCCAGUCUUCCUGUUACAGAUACUGCUGGAAGACCUCACGUUUCCUUUGUAAUUCAGAGUGGACCAAGCCACCUGCCAUCACCUAAAGUCAGAAGAAUCCAAGCGGAAGACAGUUUUUGUCUAAGAAUCGAUUCAGACACAGAGGUGGCACGGGCUAAAGCUACUAUCUUCGGUCAGCCUCUUUCUUCUAAUGGGUCUGUUAGCUCUGUUAGGUCUCUUCCUUCCACCAUGAGUGAAAUGAAAUCUGUACAGAAGAGGAAACUAAGGCCAUUUCACUCUGAGAGUGACAGCCAUGCUCUAGCCAGCGAGAGGCGUUCUUCCAAAGAGACGCCUCGCCACGACUACACCAGAAAAAAGCCGCGACUGAAGAGUAAACUCAAAGUUCUCCCACUUUCUUCACCCAGUAGUAGCAAUGAAGAUGAGUACUUCAAGGAAUCGACCCCCAAAGGUAAACUUUUGGGAAGGGAGAGGGCUGAAGAUGCCUCAUGGUCUCAAAGCAAAGCUAAAGUGCACAGUCUGGACACCUCCCACCCAUCCAAAGAGACAACUGUGGAUUCAGGCUUUCAAGAUAAAGUCAGUUUUGAAGACACUGUUUUUGCAGAAGAUGAACCUGUUAUAGUUAUAGAGGAGCAAGAAGUAAGUAAAGAACCACCACCACCUCCUCCAAGCAAAAGGCCAUCAACAUCUACAGAGUUGCCUGUGGGUUCAGAAGUGACUGAGACGCAGUUACAGAAGGAAGAAGAGUCUUCCUUCCUAACACUGAAACCUAGAAGACUUUUCCCUUCUACCUCGUUGGAGAGUGCUACAGCCUUAAUGGAGGAUGAAGAAUCUGAGACAGAGAUGGGUUCUGGAGUCAUCGCUGCCUUUAAUACAUUUAAGACUCAGCUAAGAGAACACUUCUCUUCCAGGUAUAAGAAGAUUGAAGCAAAGUCACUGAGAUCUUUAACUGACUGCCAGAAAAAUGUGACCUCUCUGCUGCAAACGGCACACAAUCAAAGGCUUGUCCAUUUGGAACACUUCCAGGACACUGUUGUGCAGCAGCUGGGGCAGCUGGAGCAGAACUGUCUUUCCCUCAAAAACAUCGAACAGGAAACUGUGAGGUUCUGGCAGUCUGAAUCCGAUACAGUGAAGGCUUUCUGUGAUAAACAGCAGAAGAGGUUGGAUUCUCUAGAUAUACUGAGAGAGAGUGUCCAGGUGCCCCAGAGGCAAGGAAAGAGCACUGAAGCAACAGCCAGUGUGUCCUCAGAUGCCCCCACAACCCUCUUGGCUGCAGUGCCGGUUAGUGCAGAGACUGAAAAGAGCCAAAGGGGGCCAAACACUGUUCCAGCACCAACAGCUUCCACCUAGAAGUCUACACUCUUAAAAUAUACUACUUUCAACUUGCAAUUUUUAAAACCCCUUAUGCAACCAGAAACUGGGGCGCCUACGCUGACAUAUUAAAACCAUCUUGAGCAUUUGCAUAGGAGAAUUUUUUUAUUGCACUUGUUCAUUGAGAAUAUUAUUUGUCCUUGAAUUUGCUUAUUUACAGUUACAAUGAUUUAGAAUCUUUUUAUCUAAUAUGAAAAGAAAACACAAAUGAAGGCAUGGAGAGAUUGACCUUACCUUAUAUGGGUUAUUUUUUUAUUUACACAUUUAAAACCUCUGCUAUUUCUCAACCUCAUCAGCACUAUAUUUUGUAAAUAUUCUUUGUUUAAUGGUUUUGAUUCAUCUCUGAGUAGUGGAGGAUCUGGCAAACAUGCUCUUGCCUUACUCUCAUUUUUCUUUGCUGUAAUCUUUCUGUAGAUUUCUGUCCUAGAGUCUGAUAUAGAAAAAGAAACUGUCCAGAGAGGCAUUUGGCACUAGAAAGGACUGAAUUUGCUGGUUUGUCAAAUCUAUGCAGGAAGGCCAUCGCAUAUAUAUACCUUAUUAAUGUAGUAUUCUUACACAUCUGAUGCUUCUUGAAUAAAUUUAAAUGAAUGGAAAGUACUGUGUAAAUCUCCACUAAGGAA